GACUAUUGCGGAAAUAGAGUGGCACUCCUAGAUAUCCCACAAUUCCUUUUAUGAAUACGGAAGUUUGUGGAAAUUUGGACAAAAUCUGACAAAAUGUCGACGUUAGAACUUCUUUUCGAAAAUGAAAUUCCUGCUGGAAGACAGGCUUUGCAGGACAGUCAUCACAACUUGCAAGAUGUAGCUAAUUAUUGCGAAGAUAAUUAUCUAAAGGCUACUGAUAAGAGGAGAGCACUGGAGGAAACCAAGAACUUCACCACUCAAUCCCUUGCCAGCGUAGCAUAUCAGAUCAACACACUCGCCACCAGCAUGCUACAGAUGCUAGAUCUUCAAGCCACUCAGCUGGCCACCAUGGAGUCCAGUAUCAAUCACAUAGCACAGAAUGUUGCCAUUCACAAGGAGAAAGUAGCUCGUCGAGAGAUUGGUGUAUUAACCACCAACAAGAAUUGCCCCCGCACUCAUAAGGUCAUCACACCACCCAAUCCUGAGAAGCAGCUUAAGUAUAAAUCCGCUCCCAUUGACUUUCAAGCCCUGGAUGAUGUAGGUCAUGGUCUCAAACUUAGUUCUCCCUCAACAGUGUCAGGUAGAGCUACUCGUGAGCGAGCAGACUCACAAGCGAGCACUUCUACAUCUAACAGUGGUGGUGGUGGGUACGAAGCAUUGCCAGUCUAUCAGCCGCGACUGGAUGACCCGUAUAACUCCAUGCGUAGGCGAAUGCCCAACCACCCACCGGUUGCACCGACUGUACCAUCCCAGUAUAUGUCUAUCGGUAGAGUGGGCAUGCGGGAUUCUCAGCACGGGGCACCGCCAAAGGAAAGGCCUUCGAUUCAAGGAUACAUGCAGGGACAGCCUGAACCAAAUGUACCUCCAGCCCCUCCCCCACCUCCAAGCAUGCCAGGUACUCUCCCUGGUAUGGGGCAUGCCGGUCAAGCACCACCUCCACCUCCUCCUGGCAUGGGUGGUCCAUCACACACUCACAUGGGCCAACCACCACCACCAAAUAUGGGUCCUCCUGCCCCUCCGGCACCUCCCAUAGGAGGUAUGAUGCCCCCCGCACCUUCACCUGCACCAGCGGCACACCAACCACCCCAAGCAGCCCAUCAACCACCCCCACAGCAACAGCCAAAUUUUGCGGCACAGCUGAACCAGGCUAUUGGUAUGAGGCCGGGUGCAGGAGAGGCAAAGCGUAGCUCAAUAAACCCAUAUGGAGAUAUUGGUAUGCCUCCACCACCUGAUAUGGGAGGCUCUGAUUUACCACCUCCCCCUAUGGAUGCCAUUGUUUAUAGCCGUGAGAGUAUCGUGAUGCCUCCCCCUCCAGAGUUUGAACAGGCUGAAGAUGACCAGAUUGUCCCAGCGCAGUACAUCGAGAAAGUUGUUGCAGUGUUUGACUAUGGUGCCGACAGAGAAGAUGAGCUUUCGUUCGAAGAAGGGUCAAUCAUCUAUGUACUGAAGAAGAACGAGGAUGGCUGGUAUGAAGGAGUCAGCCAUGGCAUGACUGGACUCUUCCCUGGUAACUAUGUGGAACUUUGUCCAUAGACAGACAGACAGACACUGCCCUAGAGAGAGAGAGAGAGAGAGAGAGAGAUUCUUUGAGCUCUGAAAGACAAAAGUGUCACGAGAAGG